CCGUGAUGCGGGGUGGUGACUGACGGCUCCGGGUCUGAGGGGCUCCUGCUUGUCAGGUUCUAGGACCAUUGUAGCAAUGUUUGGCGAUGCUCAUCACCAGAAGGUUGACCAUCAGGGGAUGAAUUUGUUUUGGCCACAGCAAGUCAUGAAUGCCAUCUUCUAAGGCACAGAACUAUUGACAUAUUGAAUUUAUUUGAGAUAGACCUUAUGAUCAUUUUCAUCAUUCUCUUCUGCAAGUUCUCCAUAAUAUCUUAAAGUGUGAUGCCUCCAAAUGGACCUGUCAUUUUAAUUGAGAUCUGAGUGGAAAAGAGUAAUAAGAUACUUUGAGUUCCUUGAAGACUCAGUUUUUUCUCCAGGACAUAACCCCAUGUACUGGCUGCACUCUCCUUCCUUCUCUAUUUUGAACUCUUGAUAUGGACAUAUGUUGAUUAAAAGAAUUUCUUAUAAUCCGUGGAGCAGUUAGUGCUUUAUGAAGAUGGGAUUUGGAAGUGACCUGAAGAAUUCACACGAUGCACUGUUAAAAUUGCAAGAUUGGGAAUUACGACUCUUGGAAACGGUCAAGAAGUUUAUGUCACUGAGAAUAAAAAGUGAUAAAGAAUAUGCAUCUACUUUACAGAAUCUCUGUAAUCAAAUUGACAAGGAAAGUACUGCCCACAUGAAUUAUGUUAGCAAUGUAUCCCAGACUUGGCUACUAAUGAUUCAACAAACUGAACAGCUAAGCAAAAUAAUGAAGACACAUGCAGAAGACCUUAACUCUGGACCAUUACAUAGGCUUACUAUGAUGAUCAAAGACAAGCAACAAGUGAAGAAGAGUUAUAUAGGUGUUCAUCAGCAAAUUGAGGCAGAUAUGUUCAAGGUCACAAAGACAGAAUUGGAGAAAUUAAAAACAAAUUAUAAACAAUUAAUAAAAGAAAUGAAUUCUGCUAAAGAGAAAUAUAAAGAAGCUUUGGUUAAAGGGAAGGAAACAGAGAAGGCAAAAGACCGUUAUGACAAAGCUACUAUGAAACUUCAUGUGUUGCAUAAUCAAUAUGUAUUGGCUUUGAAAGGGGCACAGCUUCAUCAGCAUCAGUAUUAUGAUUCCACACUUCCUCAACUCCUGGACUCAUUACAAAAAAUGCAGGAAGAAAUGAUAAACGCCUUAAAAAGUAUAUUUGAUGAAUACAGCCAGAUUACCAGUCUUGUUACAGAGGAGAUAGUCAAUGUCCAUAAAGAGAUUCAGACAUCAGUUGAACAGAUUGACCCUAGCACGGAAUACAACAAUUUCAUAGAUGUUUACAGAUCACCAGCUAUUGAGGAGCAAGAAAUUGAGUUUGAUGCCUCUUUACUUGAAGAAAACGAAAGUCUUCAGGCUAAUGAGAUCAUGUGGAAUAAUUUAACAGCAGAGAGUUUGCAAAUAAUGCUGAAAACUGUCGAAGAAGAAUUGAUCCAAACCCAGCAGAUGCUUUUAAACAAGGAGGAGAUUGUCCUAGAACUAGAAAAAAAUAUUGAAGAAUCUUCUAAGACCUGUGAAAAGAAGUCUGAUAUUGUGCUUCUGCUGAGCCAAAAACAGGCACUAGAAGAGCUAAAGCAGUCAGUCCAGCAGUUAAGAUGUGCUGAGGCCAAGCUCACAGCCCAGAAAGAACUACUAGAACAAAAAGUACAAGAGAAUGAUGGAAAAGAGCCACCUCCCGUCUUCAAUUAUGAAGAAGAUGCUCGAUCAGUUACAUCUAUGGAGAGGAAGGAGAAGUUAUCUAAAUUCGAGUCACUUCGUCACUCCAUUGCUGGAAUGAUUCGAUCUCCUAAAUCUAUGUUGGGCUCUUCAUCAUUCUGUGAUGUAAUAUCAUCAAGUGACAAGCCAUUGGUAGAACAGGACUGGUACCAUGGUGCAAUUCCCAGAAUAGAAGCACAGGAACUCUUAAAGCAACAAGGAGACUUCUUGGUUCGGGAGAGUCACGGGAAACCUGGUGAAUAUGUCCUGUCUGUGUUUUCAGAUGGACAACGAAGACACUUUAUUAUACAGUUUGCUGAUAAUCUAUAUAGAUUUGAAGGAACUGGGUUUACAAAUAUUCCUCAACUUAUAGAUUAUCAUUAUACAACAAAGCAAGUCAUUACUAAAAAAUCAGGUGUAGUUCUGCUGAAUCCUGUUGUUAAGGAUAAGAAAUGGGUUCUCAGUCAUGAUGAUGUCACAUUGGGAGAAUUAAUAGGCAAGGGUAAUUUUGGUGAAGUAUAUAAGGGAACAUUAAAGGAUAAAACUGCUGUUGCUGUAAAAACUUGUAAAGAAGAUCUUCCUCAGGAACUGAAAAUAAAAUUUUUACAAGAGGCCAAAAUACUCAAACAGUAUGACCAUCCUAAUAUUGUCAAGCUUAUAGGAGUUUGCACACAAAGACAACCCAUUUACAUCAUCAUGGAGCUUAUUCCAGGAGGUGAUUUCCUCUCCUUUUUGAGAAAGAAGAAAGAUGAACUAAAAGCCAGACAGUUAGUGAAGUUUUCAUUAGAUGCUGCUUCUGGUAUGGCUUAUCUUGAGAGUAAAAACUGUAUACACAGGGACCUUGCUGCAAGAAACUGCCUGGUUGGAGAAAAUCAUAUACUGAAAAUCAGCGACUUUGGAAUGUCUCGUCAAGAAGAUGGUGGCAUAUAUUCAUCUUCAGGCUUAAAGCAAAUUCCCAUCAAAUGGACUGCUCCAGAGGCCCUCAAUUAUGGAAGAUACAGCUCUGAAAGUGAUGCAUGGAGCUUUGGUAUCCUUUUGUGGGAGACCUUCAGUUUAGGAGUCUGUCCGUAUCCUGGAAUGACCAACCAACAUGCUCGAGAGCAAGUGGAGCAAGGAUACCGGAUGUCAGCUCCUCAGAAGUGUCCUGAAGAAAUUUAUAAAAUAAUGCUGAGGUGUUGGGACUACAAACCUGAAAACCGGCCCAAGUUCAGCGAACUUCAGAAAGAGCUAGCUGCCAUCAAGAAAAAAGUGACAUAGGGAUGAAGUCAUGCCAGACACUACCUACAAGACUCUGUUUCCCAGCAAAGUAAUAUUUUUCCCUCAUAAGAAAUGAGUUUAUACUACAUUACCUGCGAUAGUCUAGAGUUCCUUUUAAAAAAUUAAUUGGGUUUUUUUAAUGUGCCAAUUUGAAAAUGUCCAAGUCAUAUGCAUUAAAACCAAUGUACUGUUCUGCCAAGUGCUGCUUAGCCAAUCACAGCUCUUCUGCUGUACCUGGCCAUCAUCCAUAGAAAAGCACAGCCAGUAAAUGUAAGGGACUAUGGAUCCUAUCUGUUUUACAUGGAUUAACUACUAUUGAUGUUGCUCAGUUCACAGUUUGCUGCCUUAAGUCACAGAGACCUAAUACAUUGGUGCUAUAAUCCUAAUUGGUGGUGCCAAGUCGGCAGACACACUCCAGCAUAAUCUUGCUUAUCUCAUGACUGAGGCAAGAUUAUAUUUUUAGAAUAUUUCCCCAAACUUCUGUUUUCUUAAUAGCUGGCAUCACUUGACAAGGUUUGAAAAUGCUAAAAUUUCUUCUUUAAAAAUAAUACACUACUUACUACAUUUUGCAUUUGAAAAUAUUUGGACUUUUUUUUUAAAUAGUAGAGUGACCAAAACAUUUGGAUCAUCACACACCCAUUUCUUCAGUAAGGUUGAAAUUUUCCUUAUUCCCUUAUUCCCUAGCACCCUUAUUCCAUAUCACCCUCUCUCUCUUUGGUCAGAUCAUCAGAAACCUUUGCAUAUAGUUUCCUUUGAGAGCUUAAGCCAGAUUUUUAGUGACUGCUUUUGAAUGAAUCCAUGAAAAGCUGCUAUUAAUAGGAGGAAUGUCUAUAAAGGAGAGUGACCUAAAAUAAAGCGUUCUAGUAGUAGUGAUGAAAGUGGUGAAUGAAAGGAAAUAGAAAAUUGGUUUCUUAUUAGGACCAGUACCUUUCUAACUUUUUUCCUGCAUGACCCAUUAGAGGUUCACUUCUAAAGAAACCACAAAACACUCAUCCAAAAUAAACAUUUUUUGUACAGAUCUUUCUUUAUAUAAUUCCUUGGAUUUACUACUAAUUACUGGAUGUACAACAAAAUCAAGUGUUCUCUGACUUGCAUUCUCUCAUUUAGACAUCUUGAAGGAUCUUUUUAUUGAAAAUAUUUAAGUAACUUAUAAUUUAUCAACCAAAGAAUUCCUAGAGUGACAAAUACUAGCAGCAUGCAAAAUAAAAAAAUAAAAUAAAAUGGAUUAGGGAUUCUGUGAAGUCAAUGUUUAUAGCCCCAAAGCAACAUAUUCCUUUCCUUCAUGGGGAGUGGAGAGAAGCAAUUACCAGGUUUUAUUUGAAUUUUCAAAAACAAAGACUUUUUGUUAACUUUCCUAGAAGUUCUCUAAUGAAGGUCUCAUUCAUUUGUGUUUUUCAAAUUUACCAAACUUAAUUAUUUGGUGAAAAUCCCUAGCCUAGGUAAGACAUUGCCUAACUUUAAAACAAUUUCACAACAGGUACAACAAUAUUAGAACAUCAUGUUUACAGACGUCUUUGAGCUAAAAGAGAAAUGUCACAGUAAUUUUUAUCCACUUGGAAGAGCUAAAGCAAAGUGAUUAGAAAUUGAAAUAGUUUUAAUUUCUUUUAAACCAUAAGAUUUUUUUUCUAUGAAACUUAAAGCUGUGUUUCAAUCUUGCAAAAUAGUUUUAUGUGUAGUUUUGGCUAACUUCACUAAUAUUAUGGUGUCACCAAGUUCUUACUUAAGAACACUGUUGUUAGGCUGUGUAUCAAGAAAAAAGAAAAGUAUGGAUGCUCACUCCAAGGACCUGAUAGCUGGAUGAACACAGAAGAAAUAAUAAGGAAGCAUUCCAUUUCCAGAUCAUAUAUAAUUAUUAUUUCUAAUGUAGCUCACCUAUUUAAGAUAAGUUCUUAUGAAUUUUCAGAUGUUCUAAGUGUAUUACUAAGACUUUUGUGUGAACCACAUUACCAUCACAAUAAGAUUAAUUGAAAAUAUUUCAGGCAAAGUACUGUUUGCUCCAUUCCACAUAUACACCUCACCACUGCACUAAUUUUAAUAUUUCUUAUGAAUCAGGUUGGUGUCAACAGCAAGUAGUGUCUGGAUCAUGAAAGUAUAGGCUUUGAUCUUUAAGAAGUCACAGCCCUCUUGCAGAAUAUACUUUAUCGUGAAAUAGGACAACAAAGGGACUAGGAGCUGAAUAGAUAUUUCCAUAUUAAUAUCUUAUUAAUAAGUGAAGUGAGAAAUUUUCAAUAUACAAAUUGAUUUCUAUUAUAUACUUUUGACUCAGCAUGAAAGUUUGCUAUAAAAAUAAAGUUGUGACUUCUUUUAUUAUCAAUUACAUGUUGCUAAAACACACCAAAGUUGUUUUAUUUAACAGUUUAAUUUUCUUUCUUUCCCUCAAUUUUAGUUUAGUCUAUAAUCUAAAUAUUAGAUUCUUUAGGGAACUAAAAUAAUUUAUUUCUUUUUGCAAAUGAAAUAUUUGAAAACUUCCCAACCCGGUGUCUUCUUGAAGGAAAUAUUGAUAAAAAAUUAUGGGAAUCUCAUAAAUUUCUUCAUAAAACAGAAACAUGUUAUAACUAGAGAUAGUUAUAACCUAAAAACUAUUCAAAAUAUAAAUCAUGGGCCUAAAUCAGCUAAAGGGAAUAUUUUGCUCCCUUGAAAACCAUACUAUUACCUUCAUCCUAAUGCAAAGAUUAAGCAUUCUUUAGUCUAUUUGUAGUUAUUUUAAACCACACAGAAGCAAUAGGCUCAGUUGGCUAACUACUGACUGGGGCGGGGGUGGGGGCGCAGAUCAUUUUCUACAAAGGCAAAAAAGGAAAAGAAACAGUUAUUUCAUUCCAAAAUGAUAUAGCCCUGCAGGUACCAUGAGAAACACAAAUAGAGAAAAUUUCAGCAGAAAGCCAGAGGGAAACAAGCACCAUUGACCACUGGGACCAAAGGAAGCAAAAUAGGUCAUCUACCACCAUGUGGCCAUCAGCUGGAGGACUGUCAUCUGUGACUGGAAUAAUAUUAUGGUAUCCAUAUCUCAGAAAUAAUGUUAAUGCUGAAACCCAUAAGGUCAUUUUCAUGGUAUAAUAUGGGUUUUCCAUUAUAGAUCCAGUCCUGUUACUCCUAGCCUUAAAGAACUCUCCUGAGUCUUCCAUUAUAUCAGCAUUAUAGGGUCUCAAAGACCAUUCAUUUACAGGAAGCUCUAUUAAUAAUAGUUGGCUAUUAUUAUCCAAUUCACAUUCAGGAUUUAUAUCUUACUCCGUCAUAACCUGCUUUCAAAAGACACAAUGUUAAACAGAUGGGCUGCCCAGCCAGCAAGCAAGAUAACAGCAUUAUGUAGUUUUCAAUACUAGUAAUAUUUGCAGCAGAAAGUUGGCAGCAUCUUAAAGACUGUCAUGAUGCAGAUAGGAAGAAAAAGACUGAUGAAUAAGGAAGUUUUGUAGAAAUGAAGGGUAAUGACAAGACCUUAGAGAAAUGACAAAAGAUUUAAAUAUUCAGAGUCAAUAAAUGCAGUGAUGAAAUAGAAAAACACACAACAGAUUCCAAGAGAGUUGUUUGGAGGAGUCUCCCACUCUGAAUUAUUCUCUCAUCUCUCUUGUCUCCAUAUCUUCAGAAAGACCCAAAACCUUGGUGGGUUUAUCUUUUUCAUCACUUAAAAUUUUCCAUUUUAUAAUGUUACUGAUUUUUAAAAGGAGGCAUUAGACUCAUUCAGAUCUGAUUUUCUUUCUGCUUUCCAUAAGGCUCGAGAUAAGAUAUUUAAUCCAUUUAAUUGGAAUUAUCUCCUUGUCUUUUUUCCUAUAAGACUCUAAUUUGUAGUUUAGUCUCAUUCACCUGGCAGCUAAAGUAAAGGUAAGGUAUUUAAAAAAUGCAACACAGCAUUACCCUUGAGUAGGGAACAUUUGAGAAAAAAAACUUGAAUCGCUGGGUAGUUCAGCAGGAUGCUUAUGGGGCAGAUUAUUUUUGGUCGUACAUGAAUUGCAAAGGAUCUGUGAUAAUGACUAUAACAACACGUACAAUUUAUAAAUUCGAGGCAGUUAACUGAAACACAAAGUGGUUAAGCGACUUGUACAGGGUAACACAGCCAAUAAGGGUCAAAGGUGAGAUUUUAACUUGUGUCCCAGACUCCAAACCCAGUCUUCUGUCCACUAGGCUAAUGGUUCAUAUUGAAGUUAAGAAAGCUUUCAGGUAUCUUUACCUGUCCCUGAUAAGGAAUCAACCCUGAUUUGAUGUUUCUUCUUUAAAAAAAAAAAAAAAAACUUGUAGAAACCAACACAUUAAGAUACAUAAUUUGAGUUCAGAUUUUUCCUUAAGAGU